GCGAGCCAACCAUGGCGACGGUGGUCGAGAAAUCAACGAAGGAACGGCUGCUGUCUGCGUUGGACGAUUUGGAGGUUUUAUCCCGAGAGUUGAUAGAGAUGUUGGCUCUGUCCAGGAAUCAGAAGCUGCCACAGACAGGAGAUGACACCCAGAUCCUGGAGCUGCUGGUGCAAAGGGACCGGGAGUUCCUGGAGCUGAUGGAGACGGCUCAGCAGCAGGGGAAGGUCCACCAGGAGAUGCAGCUGCUGGAGAAGGAGGUGGAGAAGAGAGACAGUGACAUCCAGCAGCUCCAGAAGCAGCUGAAGGAGGCGGAGCACAUCCUGGCCACUGCUGUUUACCAGGCAAAAGAGAAACUCAAAUCCAUUGACAAAGCCAGGAAAGGAAGCAUCUCUUCAGAGGAAAUCAUCAAGUAUGCUCACAGGAUCAGUGCCAGUAACGCUGUGUGUGCGCCGCUCAACUGGGUACCAGGUGAUCCACGCAGACCCUAUCCUACUGACCUGGAAAUGCGCAGUGGAAUGCUGGGUCACAUGGCCAACCUGCCGACCAAUGGCGUGAACGGUCAUCUGCCGGGUGACGCGCUGGCUGCUGGGAGGUUGCCAGACGUCCUGACGCCUCACUACCCCUGGCAGUCCUCAGACGUCUCCGUGGGGAUGCUGCCUCCUCAUCAUGGCAACGACUUCGGCCUCGAGCCUCCGGGUCACAACAAGGAGAACGAGGACGACGUGGAAGCCAUGUCGACCGAUUCCUCCAGCAGCAGCAGUGAUUCCGACUGAAAGAUUGAGAGUGUGAGUGGUCAUGAGAAAGGUCACCACUGAGCUUUGGUCAGACAAAAAGGACAAAAAUUAAGCUUGUCAAUUUAUAAGACCAUUCUGUUUCUUUGCCUUGACAUGUUCCAUUUACGUCAAAUCCAAGUCUACAUGAGUGUCUUGUGGUAAAACUUUGCAUGUAGUGAAUCUCUGGAGUCACAAAGGAGCUAAUUCCUAAAAUGGAAAGAGAUUAAAAGCUGUAUGUAGAAGCUCCACUCUCAUUCUUCUCAGCUGAGAUCUUUAGUUUAGUCACUUCCCUGCUAUCCUUUAGUAAAAUAAGGGCCAUCUUUUAUGUACAUUUUGUAGAAUGAGCCAGUUCGUACGAGCCAUUUUUCUUUUUUGAUUCUUGCAUUGCAAAUAAGGUUAUAUUUGUGUUUUAACUCCUCUUCUUUGGAUUGUUCAUAACUGGUCCAGUGUGGCCCAGCAGUUGAAGGUUUGAAGAAAUCAUUAUCAUAAUUAAAUCUGACAUAAUCGUCAGUCUGUGUGGCUUUAAACAGUCAGAGGGAGCUGUUCCUCCAGAGUAAACGGAGCUUCUUGAAUUUGCACCAGUAUUAAAAUAUAAGUGAAAACAAAUAAGAGUGGCUGAUGUACUUUAAUUGUAUAUAGUUUAAACACAAAUAAGAAAGAUGAACUCCUAUUCUAGACUUCUACACGAUGUAAUUAUUCUAAUAUCCUUCUAAAAGACACUCAAAGAGAAACCAAACCCAAAAUCUGACCUCUCUUGCUCUUUGGUGACCGGUUACCUGUGUUUGAAGUGUGUAACUACUUUUUGUCAGUUUUAGUGUGAAUGUUCUACGUGUAGUGCAGGUUGUUGAAUAACAAUGUGGACUAAUGCUGUGGAUUUACCUCUGUGUAAAUAAGAUUGUACAUACUCAGCCUUGUAAAUAAAUACUUUUGGAAUAGAAA